AUGGCUCUCUCAGAGUCAUCACCACUCCUGCUGCAGCGAGAAGACACACUUCCUCAUGUCCCAGACGAAGAACAUCCAGAUCCAGCACCACCUCGUGCAACUUUUGCCAGUAAUCUCACUGCUCUGGAUGGCUUCGCCCUUCUCAUCAGCAUAGUCAUUGGCUCUGGUGUCUUUUCCUCUCCCGGCCCCAUCGAUGCCAAUGUUCCUUCUCCAGGCGCUGGACUUCUCAUAUGGCUUCUCGGUGGCAUUCUAGCGUGGACUGGAGCGCUGACCAUGGCCGAGCUAGGCACUGCUUUUCCAGGCGAGGGCGGCAUCCAACCUUAUCUCACCUACAUCUAUGGCGAAGUCUUUGGUUACAUGGCAGCCUGGUCAUGGAUCACAGCAACUAUGCCAGCAACCCUGGCGAUCUUGAGCAUCGUAUUUGUGGAAAGCAUUUAUUCCAGCUUGGGAAUCAACGAGCCUGAUCCACCGCUGACGCACAAGCUGUUAUCCUUGUUGGUCCUCGUAGUAGUAACCACCCUAAACUCCAUCAGCACAAAGACAAGUACAAGACUUUCUGGCUUUUUCGUCGCUGUCAAAUUCUUUACCAUCAUUCUCCUCAUCAUUGCUGGUCUGGUCGUUAUCUUUGUGUACGCAGCAGGAGGCAAAGAUCUUGGAGGCAACGAUUGGCACAGACAUAACUGGUUCACUCCCCGCGACACAGUCCUUCCGAACGGAGACCGCCUCGACUGGACCAAAGUCACCGCCUGGGAAUCCCUAGGUUUCUAUAGCACAGCCCUAUAUGGCGCACUCUGGGCCUACUCUGGCUGGGACAAGGCCAACUACGUUGCCGCCGAGCUGCGAGAGCCCACCCGCCAACUCCCCCUCUCCAUCAACACUGCCAUCCCCGCCAUUAUCAUCUGCUACGUAGCCGCAAACGCCGUAUACUACAUUCUUCUCCCCUGGCACAUUGUCUCUACAACCGACGCCGCAGCCGUUACAGCAAUCACUCACUUCCUUGGCAAAGGCGCAGCCUAUGUCGCCACUGCUCUCAUCUGCCUCGUCAUCGCCGGCUCCGCUCUGGGCAACUCGUUCGUCGCAGGUCGCAUGACAGUUGCUGCGUCCAACAACGCCUGGAUCCCCCGCAUUUUGGGCAGUGUAGGCCACAUCGGACCUUCCAAAAUUUCGUCUUCCCGCAACGAGCUCGACCCCAUCACCCCCGACGAAGCCCUCAACGAGGGUGAAUCCCCCAUCAAUGCACUCCUUCUCAACACCCUCCUCAGCGCAAUAUACAUCCUCUUUGGCAACAUGCGCAUCCUGCUUACCCUCAACGGCCUCGCAGAAUACGCCUUCUUCUUCCUCACCGUCCUCGGCGCCAUCAUCCUGCGCUUCCGCGAGCCGGACCUACCGCGCCCCGUUAAGCCGUUGCUACUUGUUCCGUUGCUGUUUGCGCUGAUUAGUGGGUUCGUGGUGGUGAGGGGCGCGGUGUUUGCGCCGGUGCAGGCUGGUGUGUUGGGCGCGGUUUGGGCGGUUGGCUUGGUGGGGUUUUAUGGGAAGAGGUGGUGGUUGGGGAAGAUGGGGGAGGGGGACAGUGUGUCGUCCAUAUGA